GCAUUUGUGUACCAAAACACAGACGGUGCAGCAGCUGCAUUCUUGGCAUUGCUGGACCACCGGAUGAGCGUGCUUUGGGUGUGUGAUUCUGUUCACUUGAUUAGAGUUUGCAUCGGGAAUCCAUACUUGAAGGGUUAGCUUAAACGGCUGGACCACAUUUUGCUCAUCAGCGGUUUCUUUAAAAUUCGGACCCGCGGUUGCAUUCAUAAUUCGUCGAGUCCAGCUGCAGAGACAUGGCAGAGGGAGGCUUUGACCCGUGUGAGUGCAUCUGUUCCCAUGAACACGCCAUGAGGAGACUGAUCAACCUGCUGAGACAGUCCCAGUCUUACUGCACGGACACAGAGUGCCUUCAAGAAAUACCUGGCCCCAGUUCCCCCACAGGCGGGGACCUGACCCUGCCCAUGAUCAUGCUGGCCUGGGUGGUGCUGGCCCUCGUCCUCUUCCUUCUCCGACCGGCCAGCAUGAGGGGCCCCGGGGCCGCAGGAAAACCUGGCAGCCCACACAACAACCAUGGCCGAGAGCCGCCCGCCCCUCCCGUGGACUAGGCCUGGAGCUGCACGUCCCACUUCCUCACGGCCAAGACCAGGACAUGACCCAAUCAGCUACUGUGACCCGGAACUUCUCACUCGCUUUGUUUCAUUUCUCCCCCGUACUGCUCGUCUGUAUUCUGUUUUUUUAUGUUGAAGUGGGUCUCACAGUAGUUCACUGCCUCCGCAGGGUGUGUUUGGAACCUAACAUUUGGGUCCAGGUGUCUUCUGCUAGCGCAGCUGAAUUUAGGAGUUUCAGAAAAUUAAAUGUGUCCACAGCCAAUCAAACGGAAGGGAAAUGAGACGCCAAUCCUAAAUCAGUCCUUGAAUAGCGUGGACGGCUCAAACUCAACAUUCCAUGACGGUGUUAAUAUUUUAACUCACUUGCUGACUUCUUAAAUAAUCUUGUGUUUGGACUGCUGCUCAAUACUGGGCUAGAAGUAAAGGUGAGGGACAAAACAAACAUGUCAAAACAAAGAAUGCCACAGGCUCAACGUGAGUGUCCCCUCAGUACCCCCAUAGUUUUGGGCUGUGUCAAGCUAGUUCCACACUGAAGUCUGCAUUUCAGGUUAUGUUGUCACGGCAGGUUCCAGAGGGAGGGUUGAAGGCUGUCUAUCUGGUUACCCUACAUAGCGUUUGCCAUGAGAAACCUGAAGGGGAGUGCUGUGCUUCUAAUGCUUGGGCUAAAAUAACAUUUUGUGGCAUGACUGGUGUCCAAAGCAAAGACCCAGGUAUGGCUCGUAGGCUCCAUAUACUGUAUAAGCCCUAAAGGCUGAGCUUCAAUGUGCAAUAGAGCAAAUAAUCCCUAGACACGAUUAAUGGUUAUAAUCUUUAUUAGUUGCAUACUAUACACAUAAACAUACUUAAAUAUUUCUCCUUGAGUUGUGUUGUGAGUGUGGAUCUUGCUGGUACACUUUUAUAAGUUUGUCUUUGUCUUUAUUAUAUAAUGUAAGUACAGAUUGUAGGAAUUGAUUAAAUGACUGCAGUCAUGAUUUGGGGAGGGUAGCUGUUCGAAAGGUGGUGAGAUGGUGUGAGGUUUCUAUACAGCAUGUAUCCUUGUUUGCUCAGUGCCUUGUGUGACGUUGAUCAUGCUAAAGGUCCCAUUGCUACCUACAUUCCUGUCCCAUUUGAAAAGGGUUCACCUCAGAAAACCCAAUCUGCAGCAUAAUUUGGCAUUGUUCCCUUAAUUACAGGUAUCCAUACUCAUGUGGUUCUUUCACCAAAGUCCUGGCACAUUCUUUACCAGUUCAAAGCGGCUUCUUUGACAGGAUCUUGUUUCCCUCAAAAAUCCGAACAUGAUGUGUGCAUUAAAGAUGGAUGUACUGUAUGUCCUUUUAGUUUUUUGUUUUUUCUUUGGCACCUCCUUUUCUUUUUCCAGAAGUACAGCAAUCAAAUUCUGAUGUUACGGUUACCAUGAUUAUUUUGCACCUUGUUUUUAAAUGUGGUGUUCCAGUUUUCUCUCACUUUGUGUUGGGUUAGUUUGUAUUUUAGGCCGUGAUGAGAAUUAGAGGUAUUGUGCAGUACAGUAGGUUUAACAUAGGGGUCAUGUUGUGGAAAACUUUGGAUGUUCAGCUUCUUUGUUAAAGAAUGGUAACUCCAACAUGGUUUCUCCUGGACCCACAAAGAGAAAUCUGCACUUAGCAGCUUUUUUUAAUACACGUAAACUUUUUUCAGGCGGAGGGUAAAAGAUAAAGAAAGGACUUCAGCUAAAAGGUGCCAUGGCAGGGAUCAAACCACCACUCAUGCAGAAGGAUUUGCAUAUGACUGAAGUCAACGCCCUAUGGACUACGGCACUUCCCUUGCCAGUUGUGAAAUUCAAAUUAAGCCAGUAAAAAUAUUGAAUUUGUACAAACAUACCCUUUCACUAUGUAUUUCUUUGAGGAGAGUUCUGAACAAUCUGGGGGCUUCAUUCUUUUUCCUGUACAGGCACUUAAAAGACAGGCCAAAUUUGUGGAUUUCUUUGACAAUAGAAUUUUAGUGCCAUUUAAGCUGUCCCUAAACACUGUACUGAUAAAAAAAAUGAGCGAUGAAGGGCUUCAACUAUGCACUUUUCUUAACUUUGAAUAAAUACGAGUAAUACUGUCUACUCUUGGUGCA